AUGGCAGUUGCAACUAAAACAGAUGUAAAAGCUAAAAGAGGAGUAACUGAUUUUGUUGCAGGUGGUGUAGCAGGUUUAUUUGAAGCAUUAUGUUGUCAUCCUUUAGAUACUAUAAAAGUUCGAAUGCAAUUAUAUAGAAAAUCAGGUCAAAAACCUCCUGGUUUUAUUAAAACUGGUAUAAAUAUUGUUCAAAAAGAAGGAUUUUUAUCAUUAUAUAAAGGUUUAGGAGCAGUUGUUAUUGGAAUUGUUCCAAAAAUGGCUAUUAGAUUUUCUUCUUAUGAAUUUUAUAGAUCUUUAUUUUAUGAUAAAGAUGGUAAAAUUACAACUGGUCAAACAUUUUUAGCAGGUGUUGGUGCAGGUAUAACAGAAUCAAUAAUGGUUGUAAAUCCAAUGGAAGUUGUUAAAAUUAGAUUACAAGCUCAACAUCAUUCAAUGAAAGAUCCUUUAGAUAUUCCAAAAUAUAGAAAUGCUCCUCAUGCUGCUUAUUUAAUUUGUAAAGAAGAAGGUUUUAAAACUUUAUAUCGUGGUGUUUCAUUAACUUGUGCAAGACAAGCAACAAAUCAAGGUGUUAAUUUUACUGUUUAUUCAAAAUUAAAAGAAUAUUUACAAAAAAGAGAAAAAACUGAAAUUUUACCAGCUUGGCAAACUUCAGGAAUUGGUUUAAUUUCAGGUGCUUUAGGUCCUUUAUCAAAUGCUCCUUUAGAUACAAUUAAAACAAGAUUACAAAAAUCAAGUUAUGCAAGUAAUGAAAGUGGUAUGGUUAGAAUUAUUAAAAUUGGUAAACAAUUAAUUAAAGAAGAAGGUAUUGGUGCUUUAUAUAAAGGUAUAACACCAAGAAUAAUGAGAGUUGCUCCUGGUCAAGCUGUUACUUUUACUGUUUAUGAAUAUGUUAAAGAUUUAUUAACUAAAGAUACGCCAAGUUUAUCAACUACAAAUGAUACUAAAAAAUUGAAAUAA